AUGCGCGUCCUUAUUGCUCUGUGCCUCGUGGCUGCCGUCAGUGCCAGGAGUGGCUACAACUACCAGCCUGCAGCCUCUGCUCCUGCCAUCGCCUCCUUUGCUCCUUCGGUGGCCGCCAGCCAGGAUGCCCCCGUCGAGUCGUAUGCGCCUGCUCCCGCCCUCGAAACGGCUCCCUCCGCUGUGGCCACCAACUAUGCGGCUCCCCAGGCCGAGCUCCAGAAGGAGUUCUUCACCUACACCGCCGAUGAGCAGGACUUCCUGGAACCAGCUGGCUCCGAGCAGGUUUCCGGCUCCCUGAACAAGGCCCUGCGCGUGAUCUUCAUCAAGGGACCCGAGAACACUGGCCUGGAGAACGCUGCCGUGGCUCUGGCCAAGCAGGCUGGACAGCAGGAGACCGCCAUCUAUGUCCUGAACAAGCAGGCCGACAUCGGUGAUCUGAGCAACAAGCUCAACGCCAUCCGCAACAACAACAACAACAAGCCCGAGGUGCACUUCGUCAAGUACCGCACCAACCAGGAUGCCCUCAACGCCCAGCAGGCCAUCCAGUCGCAGUACGAUCAGCUGGGAGGAUCCUCCACCAUCCAGAACGGAGGCGUGGCUCCCGUCCUGAACUUCGCAUCUCAGCCAGCUGUCCAGCAGGUGGCCGCUCCCUCGGCUCCUGGCAGCUCCUACCUGCCCGCUUCGGUGCUUCGUCUCCGCCAAUAG